GAUAGAAGCACGCAGUCCGUCGAUCUGAGCGCGGCGGCCAUGAGGAGGAUUCUCUCGGGCUUCUAACGCAUCUGAGAACAUCAGUUCACCGCCUUACACCGACACUUUGCAAACGACAAGUUUCAAACCUGUUUGCAUAGCCUACGCCGUAUCUGCCGCUUCCUGUGUGGAGAAUGAAGCGGUUUUGCUGACAUGCUUCAUCUACUCACCAGCGGGACACCAUUGCUCUUCUGUCUGUAACCAUGAGAACCAGCUGGGCAUACUAGGUCCUUCACUAGAGAUCUCAGAGGAUUGGACCGGCUGCAUACUCCACACAAGCACCAUGUAGUGGCCCUCUCUUCACCUAGGGGGGCGGGUCAUGGUUUUGUAUUUUUUAUACUUCUAUUUAUAUGAUUGACUUUUUCCAACUUUUGUAUAUUUGUGGAUGAGCUGCUGAAGAGGCCAUGGCCCUCCAUGCCUCCCCCUACCCCAGUGCCUUGCUCUGCGUCCUGGACGGCCUGUCCUGGGGCUUCAUCUUCCCCUGCUAUUGGCUGCUGAACUGCCUGCUGGGCUCGUGCGUGCCCACGUCUGUGGAGAGGCGGCGGCGCUCCCAGGACCCGUGCUCCGUGUCCUCGCUGAGCGUGCUGCUGCUGGUGCCACUCUACCUGCUGCUGCUGGUGGCGUCGCUGCCCGUCGCUCUGCUGGGCUUCCUGGUGUGGGCUCCGCUGCAGACGGCCCGGCAGCCCUACCUGUACACGCAUCAGCCAAUCAGCGACAAGCAGCGGGCGGCGGAGCAGGGGGCGGGGCUGGUGCCGGGGGAGUGGCGUCCGCAGGGGCGGAGCUUCUGCUUCAGCAGCGCCAACGUGUGCCUGCUGCCCGACGCUCUCGCCCGCUUCAACAACCUGGCGCACACGCAGUCCCGCGCAGGAGAAGUGGGCCGACGCAUCCGCAACGGAGCCAGCCGCCCGCAGAUCAAGAUCUACAUCGACUCCCCCACCAACACCUCCAUCAGCGCCGCCUCCUUCAGCAGUCUGGCCCUGCAGGGCAACGCCGGGGGCUUCAGGCGCACCUCCUCCCUGGACCAGCGGCCGGACACGGAUCCUGCUGACAGCACUGUGGGAGAGUGCCCAGUGCACCAGUCGCCAGAAGGCCCCACCCACACCACUGCAAGCCCACCCACUAUGACCUCAUCAGCAGGAUGCCCCGCCCACCCCACUAUGACCUCAUCAGCAGGAUGCCCCGCCCACCCCACUAUGACCUCAUCAGCAGGAUGCCCCGCCCACCCCACUAUGACCUCAUCAGCAGGAUGCCCCGCCCACUCCUCACCUGUUGUAGGCUCCGUCCCUGAGUCCAAUCAGAAUGCUCUGGAACCUUUGCCUUCAUCCAAUCAAGACACCCCAGACUGCCCUCUCCACCCGUCCAAUCACAGUGGGCCAGACUGCCCUCUCCACCUGUCCAAUCACAGCGGGCCAGACUGCGCUGUGCACCCAUCCAAUCACAGUGAGCCAGAAUGCGCUGUGCACCCGUCCAAUCACAGCGGGCCAGACUGCGCUGUGCACCCAUCCAAUCACAGUGAGCCAGAAUGCGCUGUGCACCCGUCCAAUCACAGCGGGCCAGACUGCGCUGUGCACCCGUCCAAUCACAGCGGGCCAGACUGCGCUGUGCACCCGUCCAAUCACAGCGGGCCAGACUGCGCUGCGCACCCGUCCAAUCACAGCGGGCCAGACUGCGCUGCACACCCGUCCAAUCACAGCGGGCCAGACUGCGCUGCACACCCCUCUGCGGUGCAGAUCAGCAUCAGUGCACCAGAGGCCAAUGGGCGGCAGGAGGCCCAGAGGAACCAUCGUCAUGACGACACAGGCAGUCUGGACAGUCGCACGGCCUCCCGGGAGUCCCUGACUCGUUUCCAUGGUGAUGGCGGUGGAAGUGGGGGUGGUGUUGCGUCCAACAACACACUAUCACACCGUACGUCCGUGUUCAAGCGUCACGUGGGCCGCAAGCGUCGCCAUGGUGAUGACGGCUUUGACCAUGAGAUAUCAGCUUUCUUCCCAGCCAACCUGGACUUCCUGUGUCUACAGGAAGUGUUUGAGGAGCGGGCCGCUGGCUCUCUGAGGCGGCAGCUCCAUCGCUACUUCCCCUACCUGCUGAGUGACGUGGGCCGCUACGCAUGGAGAGGCUGCUGCUCGCGCUUUAAGUUCCUCAACAGUGGCUUGCUCCUUGCUAGCCGCUACCCAAUCCUAGACGCCCACUUCGAGUGCUACCCCAACGGGCGAGCGGAGGACGCACUGGCCUCCAAGGGGGCACUGUUUGCCAAGGUGCAGGUGGGGACGUCCAGUGCGGGCCAGAGGGUAGUCGGCUACAUCACCUGCACACACCUGCAUGCCAUCGAGGGAGACGCGGCCGUGCGCUGUGAGCAGCUGGACCUGCUGCUGGAGUGGGGAACGCUGUUCCGUAAGGCCACCUCCUGCCCUGUGGGGGACAAGGGGCUCCAGGACCAGGUGGCUUUUGACGUCAUCCUGGGCGACCUCAAUUUUGACAACUGCUCCUCAGAGGAUAAGCUGGAGCAGCAGCAUGCACUCUUCACCCAAUACAAGGACCCAUGUCGCCUGGGCGCAGGGGAGGACAAGCCAUGGGCUCUGGGUACACUACUGGACACAGAUGGACUUUACGACGAGGAAGUCAGUUCACCAGAGAGUCUCCAGAAGGUGAUGGAGAAUGAGGACGCAAGAAAAGAGUACUUAGUCUAUCCCAAGAGCAAAAACCAGUGCCACAGUCAGAAAGGCCGGAAAAUACCACUCAAAGGCAACGGCAGGAGGAUCGAUUACAUCUUGUACCGUGAAGAUGGCUUACAGCCUGAGUGGAAAGUGGACAUUGAGGAGUUCAGCUUCAUCACACAGCUGGCUGGACUCACUGAUCACAUGUCUGUGGCCAUCAGACUAGCCGUGGCCACCGGCGAAGAAGAGCCGUAGGAACACACACACUCACACCUCCACACACGCACAGACAGACAGACACACACACACACACAACACACACCUCCAUACACGCAGAGACACACACAC